GCCUUUAAAGAUGCUCCAGGGUUUGGAAACGCACCGAAGUCAGCUGAGCGUCUCCAGGACUUCAGCUGCGCACUCGCUGACAAACCCUCCUCUGGAACAACUGUUCCACUAUUGGAUGGAGCACAAGAAGUCUACAUUUCAGGGGGUGGGACCACGUAUUUCUGAGGGAUUGCUGGGAAGAAGAAGGAGGGUGUUUAGGUUGGGACUUUGGAAAGGCAGAGUUUGACAGAGUCAGUCUGAAAAGAUCAUCGCCACCAUGACGGAUGAGGAGAUCCAGGAGGACCACACCAAGCUGAAGCAGGGCCUAGUCAAAGUCCUCCACUGUGUAGCCAGCAUCUCCUCGGCGGCGGCCGUGGUUAACCCCAUUUUCGGCGUGGCCGGCUCCCUGAUCCGGGUGGUGCUGCACCACAUCGACGACGAGGACAUCCGCACCCUGAAGCGCGAGUUUGGGUCGGUCAACCAAAAGCUGAACGAGAUCUCCCAGCAGAACCGCCGGACGCUGGUUCAGAUCGAGAAGGAGACGCUGGACGGCCAGUACUGCCGCGUGGAGGAGAACCUGAAGAACCAGUUCAGGAAGUUCAUGGCGAUGGUGGAGGCGAGGCCGGAGCACCGCGAGGGCAAGAAGGACGACUUCGAGGAGAGCUACGCCAACGACCUGGGCGACCAGAACCUGCACACCCUGUACGACGGCGUGGUGGGGAAACCCAAGCUCUUCAGCAGGCCCAUCCUGGAGGUCUACCUGAAGCACUCCCAGGGCGACCGCCGCAUCAUGGAGCGCCUCUGCACGCGCCUCACCUACCUGUUCUGCAUCGGCCUCAUCGCCCUCAUGGGCUACGCCGCCGUCAUCGGCGACGACGAGGAGGGCCUGAGCGAGGAGUGGGCCGAGAAGAUGGAGCACGUCCAGCAGAAGAUGCAGGAGGCUUUGCUCAAGUGCAAAUAAAGACCAGAAGGUUCUGUUCUGGACUCACGGGUCCACAUUCCCGCUUCAAGUCUCCUUUUACCACGUCAACCUGAAGGCAACACGCCCUCAGAAACCUGCUGCAUGGAAACUGGCUUUAGGGCGAUGGAGACAUCAGCUCACAUAGUGAUCAAG